CUCCCUCGUUUAACCAUCAUCUGGAUAUACUUAAGAGACCAGAUCCCCAGACCUGAUCAGACGACAUCUUACUUUUCCAUCGCGAGAAUACUACUAUCUCGUAGCCCUCAAAGCAAGAGUCACCAUGGUCCAAUCACUUCGCUUCGCCACCCUAGAUGUCUUCACCACCCAGCCAUAUUCCGGCAAUCCCCUGGGCGUUGUCUUUCUCCCCGACUCUUCCUCCUCCUCCUCCUCUUCCCCCAUCACCCAGGAACAGAAACAACUAAUCGCCCGAGAGUUCAACCUCUCCGAAACCAUCUUCAUUCAUCCUACCAACCAAUCAACCCCAUCCUCCCGAGCAAUCGACAUCUUCACCACGACCGAAGAACUCCCCUUUGCAGGCCAUCCCACCAUCGGCGCAGCUUCCUGGUUCCUAGAACAUUCCUCCAAUGAAGCCGACAAGGCCAACGUCCAGACAUUAAUCACGAAGGCCGGACCAUUUGCCAUCUCGAGGGUCCCGUCCUCGCAAUCUGGUGAUGUGGCGGCCAAAAUCGCACAUAAUGUGCACAUUCACUCGUCGCGAUUCGCGCUCUCGGAGUUGUUGAGGCUACAUCCUUCACUGGUUCCGUUCCUUAACCAGAGUACUAGUCAGGAUAGCUUCCCUGUUUUCUCCAUUGUGAAGGGCAUGAGUCAGGUCCUGGUUGAGUUGCCUAGCUUGGAGGCCUUGGCUGCAACAGAAGCUCCGAUGGGCGGGGAGGACAUCCCCUGUAAGUCAGUCUCGGAGGGAGGGUACCUGGAUGCUGGGUGGGAGGGAUCAGGUCUCAUUAUGGUUUACUUUCACGUUCCGGGUGUGCUGGAUGAAAGUACGGGGAAGAAGGUCAUUCGGUCGCGUAUGUUCCUGAGGAACUUUGAAGAUCCUGCUACGGGUAGUGCGGCGAGUGGACUUGCGAGCUAUUUGGCUUUGAUGGGAACUGAUGUUGGGGCUACGACUGAGUUUGAUAUCGUGCAGGGGGUGGAAAUGGGCAGGAGAUCGGAUAUCAGUGUUGCUGUUACGGUUGGUGCUGGGGGGCAGGAGAAGAAGAUUGAAACUGUUGAGUUGAGGGGGUGUGCUGUGAAGGUUACCUCUGGGGAGUUGGUUAUUUGAUGAUGUUGUUAGUUGUUGACUGGUCAUGAUUGUAUAUACUAGUGCUCUGGAUAUUUGCAUGGAGUGGGGGACCUUUUGUCCGCAUAAUCAUUUACCCUUGCUCAGUACUAACAAUAGUAGCUGUAUAUUUUAUCAUUUGAUGUCAUACCAAAG